AGUGAUAUUUUCUAUAAUAACAUUCUACUAAUGAUUAAUCGAUUGAUUCAAAGUGAAUUGUUAGUAAAUCGAGUGAGUUUUCCGUCCGGUCCCGAGCUGCCCGGAUAAUCGACGAUCUACUGUACUCGAUACCCUCGCAAUGAUUAACGGGAUGCUCCUGCGUAAAAUUUUGGUCAACUGUAACACGCACCAAGCCCAUAGUUAGCCAUGACCGUGCAGCGCUGCGCACCAGUCCCAGUGUAGUUUAAAGGGAAACAAAAGAACCCGAAUGUGCAACGGUAAGUUUUCAUUCAUAAAAAGACCGGCAAAAUUUAUCAAUGAACGAAAGCGCGCACUUUUGCAACCUGCUACUCGUACGGUGUAGACGUGCUUCUUUGUACCAUUCGUUCGUCCGUGUUCGUGUGUGUCCGUGCGUGUCCAGUGUCCUUUGUCUUUUUGUUAAUUUAAAAGGAUCAGCUUUUAAAGCCAUUUAAAGGGCCAUCAAAGAAUAGUGGUUUUUUAGAGUUUGUAGAAGUUGGUUUUAAUUUGUUCCAAAAAAUGUACACCAUACGCGAGGAAACGUUCGAGCUGGUGAAGGAGGUGGUUCUCAGUGAGGAGGAUCUAUCCGCAUGCGGUGCGCUGGUGCCAUCGAAGCUUACAGGCCAUAUAGUGUGGAAAGACCACCGAAUGCUGGAUUCCGUGAAUGAAAUGUUGGCUGAGCUCAGAUUGACGGACGAUCUUUCCAAGCUUCUGUUUGCACGCUCGGCGGCGUCUGGCGCGACUUUUGCCCCUGAAUUGUCACCAACCGAUUCGGAUGGGUCGAGCAGCUACUCGCUCUUCAGCAGUGGCUCCUCCGAGCUGGAUAACGAAAACAUGAGGAUGGUGUGGAACAAGCUGGCCAGCGAUGAUGCCCAACAGGACGGGUGCGAAUUCUGCACAAUCGAACCGAGUGAUAGACAAUUCUAUGUCAAGCAUCAGACUUAUGCAAACGGAAAGCUCUGCUGUCCUGUACUUGCGGCUUGGGAAAUAUCUCAACGUGACACAGCGGCUAAAAAAAUUGCCAUUAAAGAAUAUGGGAUGUGUUUUAAAACCACCAAGCAGGAAAAGUGUAGCAAGAACUGAAAACCUCAAAAUUGUACUUUUUUCUAGAUUCCGAUAUGUUUAUAUUCAUUAUUUUAUUUCACAAAUGGCUGUUGGUUAGUCAAAGGUUCUAACUUUUGUAGGAUUAAGCAUUUUUUAUUGUACUUAGCAAAAUGUAACACCAUGAUCCUUAUUUAUUUUAAAAAUUACUCACAAUGUUCGUAAAAUUGAACCAAUCGAUAUUUGCUAGGCAUUUUUUUUUUAAUAUUCCCAAU